AAAAACUUCCCCUAAGUACAAAACUGUUCAUCUUGUGUCUCAAACAAGAGAAAACAAAAACCUUAUUAUAUGAUUCACUUGCCUGUUCCUUUAUUGGGAAAUCCCAACUGCUCUUCAGGACUCAUCACUUCUUAUAUCUUAAUGAGAGCUAAGAUUUUCCUUUUCUGUUAUUUUUUAGACCUGGUCCCUUCAAUUAUGAGCAACUUGUUGAAUCCAGAUGCAAUUUUCUCCAACAAUGAAAUGAGCCUGUCAGACAUUGAAAUCUAUGGCUUCGAUUAUGACUAUACCCUCGUCUUUUAUUCUAAGCACCUCCAUACCCUCAUCUUCAAUGCUGCUCGGGACCUCCUCAUCAAUGAGCAUCGGUAUCCUGCAGAGAUAAGGAAUUAUGAAUAUGAUCCAAAUUUUGCCAUUCGUGGUCUUCAUUAUGACGUGCAUCGGGCCAUAUUGAUGAAGAUUGAUGCUUUUCAUUAUAUCCAGCUGGGAACUGUGUACAGAGGGCUCACUGUCGUCCCAGAUGAGGAAGUCAUCGAGAUGUACGAAGGCUCCCAUGUUCCCCUGGAACAAAUGAGUGACUUCUAUGGGAAGAGCUCUCAUGGAAACACGAUGAAGCAGUUCAUGGACAUCUUUUCCUUACCAGAGAUGACUCUCCUCUCUUGCGUCAAUGAGUAUUUUCUGAAGAACAACCUUGAUUACGAGCCUGUGCAUCUCUACAAGGAUGUCAAGGAUUCAAUCAGAGACGUCCACAUCAAAGGGAUUAUGUACAGAGCAAUUGAAGCGGAUAUUGAGAAGUAUAUCUGCUAUGCUGAGCAGACCCGUGCAGUGCUGGCCAAGUUGGCGAAUCAUGGCAAGAAGAUGUUCCUUAUCACCAACAGCCCCAGCAGCUUUGUGGACAAAGGGAUGCGGUACAUCGUUGGGAAGGACUGGCGGGAUCUCUUUGACGUGGUCAUCGUUCAGGCUGAGAAGCCCAACUUCUUCAAUGACCGGCGGAGACCAUUUCGGAAGGUGACCGAGAGAGGUGUACUUCUUUGGGAUAAAAUCCAUAAGCUGGAAAAAGGCCAGAUUUACAAACAGGGUAAUUUAUAUGAAUUUUUGAAGCUUACAGGAUGGAGGGGGUCCAAAGUGUUGUAUUUCGGAGAUCACAUAUACAGCGAUCUGGCUGAUUUGACCUUAAAACAUGGCUGGCGGACGGGGGCCAUUAUUCCCGAGCUGAGAUCAGAGAUCAAGAUCAUGAACACGGAGCAGUACAUUCAAACCAUGACCUGGCUGCAGACCCUGACUGGAUUACUGGAACAGAUGCAGAUUCACAGAGAUGACACAUCACAGAUGAUUUUGCAAGAGUGGAAAAAGGAAAGAAAGGAGAUGAGAGAAAUGACCAAAAAUUUCUUCAACUCCCAGUUUGGAAGCCUGUUUCGCACAGACCAGAAUCCCACAUACUUCCUGAGGCGCUUGUCUCGAUUUGCUGAUAUCUACAUGGCGUCUCUGAGCUGCCUCCUGAGUUAUGAUCUCAGUCACACAUUCUAUCCCAGGAGGACUCCCUUGCAGCAUGAACUUCCAGCCUGGUCUGAGAGACCUCCAGCAGGAAACUUCAGGAUCCCCUUUAUACAGGGGGUGGCCCAGGCCAAGUAACCAAAUAAACCACUCAAAGUGGGCAGACACGGAGGCAUUAAUACCAAUGAGAGUAUAAACUUUGCUUUUUAAGCAAGUAUGAAUAUUGUAUUUUGCUAUUUAUAUAAUUUUGUCUGGUAAGUAAAAUACCUUGUUUUGAUAGAA